AUGGGUGCUUCAGAACCCGAUCCACCGAGUCAGCCGCAGAUGCGCAAUACCAACAGUGAUCAGCCCUCUGAGUCAUUCAGCUAUGAGCAUUGGAGGAAAUUACAAAAUCGAGUAGCACAGAGAAGAUACCGCGCCUUGGCUUCAACCUCAGACAACAAUGUUCUGCAGAAUGGCGUGCACCUAGCGGCGAACAGUCAAGCACAAAAGCAAAAGUGUCGCGCUACGGCGGACCAGAAUGGCGUUAUAGGUGCACAAGUUCCACCUCAGAGACAUUUGCCCAGAAGAACACUGUCUAGCUCUCAAGCCUUUUCAAAUACGAACCGUGGUGGCCCUGCCACAGACUGCACCAGAGAGCUGCAAGAUUUGAGCUCUCAGGAUGAAACAGGCCAUGCCGGAAGAAGAGCAGGCAAUGUUCUCUCAUUGGCAAGACUAUUGUCUGAGGAUCCUGGCUGUCCACAAACGACGACUGGACCAGGAUCUGGGUUCCAAUGCUCCAACCACCAUGAGAAUCACGGCCUGCCAACGCAUAGAGCUAGGACAUGGAGCAAUUGUAGCUCCAAACAACAACCUUCAUCGUCUUCUUACCAAGAGAAGCUCACCACAAAAGCCAACAAACGGUUUUCAGACCUCUCGCAGCUUUAUAAGGUUGGUGUUGAGCUCGACAUGAUACACUAUGAUGAAGGUUUCAUACAGGAUCUCUCUACUGUCAAGGAGAGGUUCAGGCAGCUUGCUGAUCCAGGCCUCAUAGAUUUGGAUCAAGGUAAUGAUGAUGAUACAGAUCAAAGCCGAGCGAGACCUGGAGAGAAUUUCGCCGCCGCUCCCCACCGUAAUAGAUGUAUCGCAGAAAGUCAACGUCAGCACUUGGAAACUAACCCACCGAGCCCUGAUCCGAGAGAUUUGACAACAAAAGCGACAUAUCGAGAAAGUAAUUUGGACAGAUAUAGACAAGACAUGCACCGAAAUCAAGGCAACAGUCGAGUAUCUACUGGUCAUUCAAGCCCUCGUUGGACGCCCUCGACUAUUCCUGAAAGCUCUGAAGGUUCGAGUCUUCGAACUCCAAGUGGCCUAAGAAGGAUGCAAGAGUAUAAAGCAGACAAUAGCCAUGAGGCAGGGUCCCGGCACGAGAAUUAA